AUGCCCGACGACGUCACACCGAAGGGCGCCGUUAAAAAGGACGCCGUUACAAGGGACACAUCCACAAUGGACACAAGGCAAGAGGUAGUAGCGCACGAGUUUAGUAACGUGAAACUUCCUGCAUUUUGGAAAGACGAACUGCGAUUGUGGUUCACGAUGUUGGAAAGGGAAUUUGCCGCUUAUAAUAUAAAAGCGGACACCGUAAAGAGUUCGGCGGUCGUCAGAAAUUUGGACCCGGCGACCAUGAAAAUUAUUCUGGAUGUAAUAGAGGCUCCUGAAGAAAAAUCAACGUAUGUACAUAUUAAACAAGCGUUGAUAGAACGCCUUGCGAAAAGUGACGAAGCCAAUUUGAGGAAGCUCCUCACGGACAUAGAGCUGGGAAAUAAAAAGCCCUCAGAGUUUUUAAGAGAAAUGUCCCAGCUCGCAGCAAAAAACGUCAGGGAAAACGCGCUUCGGACGCUUUGGAUACAGAGACUUCCCACUAUGGUUCAGGAAGUGUUGGCGAUUGUGGAUGACUCCGACCUUGACCGAUUGGCGAAGCUCGCCGAUAAAAUUUCGGAACGUUCGGGGGUGGCGGAGGUGGUCGCCAUUUCCGACUCAAACCAUAGCACGAGGGAAUCAAGAAAGGAUACCAUGCCGGGGCGACAAGAUGGCGAUUUGGCGGCCAUCGCCCAAAGGUUGGAGCGCCUAGAAGCACGCCUCACGGGGCGCUAUCGCAGCGGCAGCGACAGCCGAAGGCGAUUCUACAGGCGAAGAAGCGGUUCCCGAUCCAAAGAGGCAUCCCGGGACAAUGGAUACUGCUAUUUUCAUGGCAGAUUCGGCGAGGAGUCGUGGCGAUGCCGAAAACCGUGCUCAUGGACCAGCCUGAACAAGAGGCGUCCGAAAAACUAA